UUCACUUCCCCCCACCUUCCCCGUCCGUCAACGAGACUCUCCAACGUUCCCCCAACUACCCAUCACUACUCCGCGGCAUCCAGAGGGGGAAAAGAAGGGGAGAAGAACGACAUUUGACAGAUAAUAAGUCAUCCGAUAUACCUAACAUACAGAGGAGACGAGGACAAGCAAACAAAAACGACAAACACAAGACAUUACCAUACCCUUACCUUACCUACCUAUUGCGAGAAACGACAGAAACAAGAAAUAAAAACAACAACCCCACGAACGACGAUAUGUCGUCUUCUCUCGAGGCCAAAAUAGUCGUUCUCGGCUCCCAGGGCGUCGGCAAAACAUCCCUCGUGACGCGCUUCUGCAAGGGUGCCUUCAACCCGGCCCAAAUCACCUCGACCGUUGGCGCCAGCAUGAUGACCAAGCGCGUUAUCGACACCGAUACCGAUACCGUGGUGCGAUUACAGAUUUGGGAUACUGCUGGCCAAGAACGUUUCCGCUCCAUCUCCCGUCUCUACUACCGCGGCGCCAAUGCUUGCAUCCUUUGCUACUCCAUCACCGACGCCGCCUCCUUCGCCGAGAUGGGCAUGUGGCUAACCGAACUACGGCGCAACCUGCCUCAGGACAUAGUCCUACACGUCGUCGGCACCAAGGCUGACAUGGUCGCCCGCGACCCUUCCAAGCGAGAAGUGCCCUUUGAGCGCUGCAUCGCCUACGUAGCCGAAAACCUGAACCCGGGCGUGGGAUCAACGCCGCCGCCUACGGCCACGCCGUUAGGGAUGCCGGGAGUAGGGGGCUCUUUAAAUUCAAAUAGCGGUGGUGGUUUAGGAGGGUGGGCAGGUACAGGAACAGGAACAGGAACAGGGGCGACGACGACGACGACGACGACAGGCACUGGUACUACACCAGCAACAACAACAACAACCACAGAAAGACCAGAACGAUCAGGUCUAGGAGGACUAGGAGGGUUAGGGGGAAUCAGACUGCGAGGAGCCGAAGCCUCCCAACAACAACAAAGAGAAACCCAAAAUGCCGAAGGAAGCAACACCACAACAACCGGCGGCGGCGGACCAAGACCACGUCUACGCAACCACCAUCACCCCCACCCCCAUGGCUUCCAAAGCACCGAACCCCGCUCCCCCAGCUCCAAACGUAGCUCUGGCUUUUGGGGCCAAGAAGUCGGCUGGGAUGCCUGCCACGAGAUCUCUGCCGAAUCAGGCGAAGGCGUGGAGGAGGUCUUUCGCGUGGUUACUCGCAAACUGGUGGAACAGAAUCGCAGGAUGCAGCAGGCUUUGUUGGCUGCUGCUGCUACUCCUGGUGUCUUCACUCCCGGAGUAUUUGGGCCUGGGACUGGUGGGUUUUAUCCUGAUGGUAUGACGGGAGGACUAGGUGGCGGCGGCGGUGGUGCCAGUGGUACUGGUGCUGGUGGUUAUGGAGCUGGUGUUGGUGGUGUUGGGUAUGGUGUUGGAGGGGGAGGUGGUGGUGGUGCGGGGGGGAACGGACUGCCGGGGUACUUCGAUCUGAAUCCUAGUGCGACAAUUAGGGUGGGGAGGGACAGGAGGAGUUGGUUGUUUAGUCCGGGGAUCUUGUCGACGCCGGGGAUAUUGCUGCCUGGGGGAGGAGGGGAUGGUGGAGGGGUAAAUGUGGGAGGGGAGCAGCAGAUGGGUGAUGAUGGUAGGAGAGGUGGGAAGGGAAAGUGCUGUUGAUGCCUUUGAUCAUCCGUCCGAGGUCAAGAUUCUGGUACUUGACGUCUCUGCUCUGUCUUGAAGGAAAGAAACAGGGGUAAAAGCGGGGAGAAGUAGAUGGAUGGAUGGACGCAUGCAUUAUCAUGAUGAUACCCAUGAUUUUACGAAAACGGAACCGUUGUUUUUCUUUGCGUUAUGCUUAGCCUUGUUUCAC